AGAGAGAGGGAGAGGGAGAGGGAGGGAGGGGGCGGCUCAGAUCUGCGUGAACUUCACAAGCCUUUGGAAGCAGUGAAAAUACCAGGACGCUUUCCUCAGACGCGUUGAUUCUUUAUGGACGGUGUUGCUCAAGCGCUCUUCACGCAGACAACGGAGUGUGUGUGAGCGGAGGUGGACGCUGCUGUGGGACUCUGUGGGAUGUGUAAAGUCUCCAUCCGUCUUGGAUCCCAGCAGCAUUUUAGGAGCUGCUCUCUGGGCCUUUGUGCAAGAGUGUGUGUCCUGGGUGUGUGUUCGCCAUGGCUCUAGUUCAGGCACUGCCUGUGCCCACUGAUCACCCCAAACCCAGCGCUGACAUUCAGCAGUGCUGCUCAGUGUCUCACUCCGCCACUGUAGCCGCGACAGGCACCAUGGGCUCUGUCAGCAGCCUCAUCUCUGGACGUACCUACCAGGAGCGUCACUGCCGAGCUGCCAGCGACUUUGGCGGCAAGUAUCGCAAACCCACACCAGCUACGAGCUGCUUCAGACAGCAAGAGGGCACGCUGCGCAGCGCCAGCUCACAGGAGCAGCUUCUCACCAGCCAGCCUCCUCUACCAGCUAAGAACAGGUCCUCUGCCCUCAUCUCUGCUGGCAAUGGCAACUAUGGCUAUUUGAGUGACGAACCAGUGGGCGACUGGAAUGAUAAUCAUGUGACCACGUGCAGCCCGUCCAGUGAUACCGAAGAGCCUCCUGAUAACAGAGGCAUGAAUGGUAACAUUGGUGGCCCUCCUCCCAAACUCGUCCCAGUGUCAGGCAGGCUGGAAAAGAGUAUGGAGAAGAUACUGAUCCGUCCCACUGCCUUUAAGCCUGUUGUGCCCAAGAAUCGCAACUCCGUGCAAUACCUGUCUCCACGGUCAGGGGGCAGUCUGUCUGAAAGCCAGGGCAGCCUCAACCUCUUACUUCCUGGCACUGGAGCAGGGUUUGGCUGUACAGAGAAGCGUAACUCUUACAGUGGGGGGCGCAACGCGCGGAGUAGCCAGUCCUGCACUAUGUCUGACUCAGGCCGCAACUCACUCUCCAGCCUACCCACCUACAGCAGCACAGGGUACAGCCUGGCACAGAGCGAGGUACCCACCGGGCACAUGGAAACCACACGCUCCGGCGGUGGCCACGGACACUCUAACUCCGACAGUGGUCGGUCAUCAUCCAGUAAGAGCACGGGGUCUUUAAGUGGCCGUGGCCAGCCCCUCUCAGACAGCGGAUCGUGUGGCCGCUCCCCGGCUCCAGGAGAAGGGUAUGAAGGCGUCAUUCGGGAACUUGAGGAGAAGCUGAGGGAAAGAGACCUGGAGCUGCAGCAACUCAGGGACAACCUGGAUGAGAACGAGGCAGCCAUCUGUCAGGUGUAUGAGGAGAAACAGAAGCGUUGCGAGCAAGAGUUGGAGGACCUUCGGCAGAGCUGUGCAUCAAAAAUGAAGCAGGUGCAGCUGAAGGCACAGCGGGCGCAACAGGUCAUGCAGUUGCAGGUGUUUCAGCUGCAGCAGGAGAAGAAGAAACUGCAAGAGGACUUCUCCCAACUGCUGCAGGAACGGGAGGCGUUGGAGAAGAGAUGUGCCUCUUUUGAGAAGGAGCAGACUCAGCUAGGUCCUCGUCUAGAAGAGACAAAGUGGGAGGUCUGUCAGAAGUCAGGUGAGAUCUCUCUGCUGAAGCAGCAGCUGAAGGACGUACAGGCUGAUCUUGGCCAGAAGGCCAGCGAGAUUAUUGCUUUAAAGGCCCAGUUGAGAGAGGCUCGUUCGGAGCUUCAAGCUAGCCAGGCUCGCUCGCAGGAAGCCCACGCCACAGCCCGCACUCGUACACUCGAACUUGAAGUUUGCGAGAAUGAGUUGCAGCGUCGUAAAAGCGAAGCGGAGCUCCUGCGGGAGAAGGUGGGCCGUUUGGAGGAAGAGUCCCUCCGUCUUAAAGAGGCCCUGGCAGUGCAUCCGUCCCAAACUCUUCCUUCUAAGGGUCAAUGCAUGAGCUUGCCCCUUCCCCAAAGCCGUGGAGGAAUUGUACACGGGAUUAGCCCUGCUUUCCGGGACAACGGCAGAGAAGAGCAGUUUCUAGCAUACGAGAGCGAUGAAGCGAAGAUGCAGCGUCAGAGUGUGGAUGUGCUUCACGGUCUCCGUCAGCAGGUGGACCGACUGCGGGCUGAGCUGAUGUAUGAGAGGAGGCGGAGUGAGGACCAGCUGGAGGCCUUUGAAGAUGAACGCAGGGUGUGGCAGGAGGAGAAAGACAAGGUGAUCCGUUACCAGAAGCAGCUGCAGCAGAACUACAUCCAGAUGUACCGCAGAAACCGAGACCUAGAACGUGUGAUGAGGGAACUUAGUCUUGAGCUGGAGAACAGGGACAUGGAGGAGUUUGACAUGCGUAGCAAUGAGAUCCAUUUCGAGGAGAUCACUGCCACUGAAAUCUAACCCACAUCUCACUCUGCCAUCGCAAAAUGAAUUUCCACUGUGCUUGUGUGAGGAGCACUGGCCUUCACUGCAGUGUCAUUUGGCAUGCUUCUCCACACUAUUUCAGAAAGACUUAUGUUCAAGGCAAGUUAUUGUUGUGAUGUCUGCGGAGGCCAGUAAAACAUGGAACGUUUGUAUUUAGACAUCUAUAUGAUCACUUCCUGCCUCGGAAACCUGUGAGGGACUUCAGAUGAAUGUACAAUGACUGUGAACAGCAGUUAAUUGAUGCCACUGGUGAAGGGAAGGAUGUCCUCAAAGAUGGUGCUUUGUUCCUGACAAACCCCUAUAGUACAACUAGGGCUGUAAUUUAGCUUAAUUCUAAAAAA